AUGGACACAGACACAGGCAUGCACCAAAACCAACACAACAACAACAACCAACACAACAACAACAACCAGCACAACAACAACAACCAGCACAACAACAACAACCAACACAACAACCAGCACCACAACCAACAGUUCAAAACACUGCACAACAACCAGCACCACAACCAGCACAGCAACCAGCACAGCAACCAACAGUUCAAUCCAGCACAACAACCAACAGUUCAAAAUCCAGCACAACAACCACCUCCACAACCAGCACAGCAACCAGCACAGCAACCAACAGUUCAAAACCCUGCACAACAACAACCACAAACAGAGCAAGGACAUAAAAGAAGUAGAGAACAAGGAAACCAAGAAUUCUUAAAAAUGCUUAAGGAAGACUAUGGUUACCCAGAUACUCUUGACUUUAGUGACAGAUAUAAAGAAGCUAUUAGAAAGUUCAAGGAAGGAAAUACUGACCCGAACCUAUUUAGCUUUAUGGCUCAGCACCAAAUGGGAUAUAAUUUCAAACCUGGAAAAUACAAGCUCGCUAAGGGAUAUGAUUUAAUAGCAUAUCAUCCAAAUGACAUGACUGAAUUUACUCCGAGAUAUUUGGUGUCAGAGCUAAAUGACAAUUCAACUCUCUUCAUGAAACGCGUAAAAAAUAGAGACGGAACGAAAGAAGAAAGGUUUAUGAGUCCGGAUGACUUAGAUAGGGAACUUGUUAAAAACGGUCUCGGAAUAUAUGAAAUGCCAGCAGAUGAGGUACAAGAAACUCCACAGGAAGAAGUUCAGAUACAACCAGACAUGGAAGAAAUAGUUCAGCAACAACAGCUAGAAGAGCCUGAAGGAAACGAACAAGUCCCUCCUUUGGAAACUAACUUCACAGAACUAGAUGAAGAUUUGGAACAGCCGAAAAAUCUUGACCCUCAACAAGAGUAUGCGGAGAAUAUGGAAUCUUUCCAAGAGUCUAA